AUGCUUCCAGAGCUGAGUGGUUGCAGCCUUCGUGAGGAUGACAUCUUUGAGGCCUUCUCAGAGUACGGAGAUAUCAAGAACUUGUCCCCUGGCGAUGGCUGGCAUCUGAAUCUGGACCGUCGUACGGGCUUCGUCAAGGGCUAUGCAUUCAUCGAGUAUGAGAACAAGCAGGAGGCCGAUGUAGCCAUCAAGUCCAUGGAUGGAAAUACGCUGCUGGAUCAUAAGCUGGACGUGAGCUGGGCCUUCGCAAAGCCAGGGAGCAAGUGCCUGGGUCAAUCACGGGACCGGCAGUGGAAACUCCAGCAGAUUUGA